GCCGUGCCGGUGCGUCGGGCCCCGCUCCGCCGCGCCGUGUGCGCCCUGCGGGCCGCCCUGGGAAUCUCCCGAUUCGACGUGGGGUUGGUCUGCGCCGGCAACGGGCUGAUGCGGCGUCUUAACGGCGCGUACCGGCAGCGCCCGGAGCCUACCGACGUCCUCUCCUUCCCCUUCCACCGAACGGCAAAUGAUCGGGUGACGACAGCCCACGGAUUGUGCCAUUUGCUUGGUUACCGGCACGACACAAAACCCGAGUGGCAACAG